AUGGCAUCAAGAGGUCAAAUCGAAACUAGCAAAUUAAAGAAUAAUAUUGAAGAGCAAUUAAAUAGAUUAUUAGCUCAAUUAGAAGAUAUUGAAGAGUUAAAAGAUGAUAUUUCCCAAGAGGAAUAUGACGAAACUAAAGAAGAUACCUUAAAUCAAAUGAAAGAAUUUGAACAAUCAUUAAAAAAGAUGAUGUCAGGUGAUAUGACAUUAGUUAGUGAGCUUGGAUCAUUACAAUUAGCUCUUCAAGCCACCAUCAGUCAAGCAUUUAAAACACCAGAAGUUAUUAAACUCUUUGCUAAAAAGGAUCAAGGCUCAUUAAGAACUAAAUUAGGUAACAUUCAACGUGAUGUUAAAUUAGGUAAAGUUUCAAAGGACGAAUAUAUUGAUCAAUCUGUUGAAAUUUUAUCUGCAUUAAAGAAAUUAGGUUUUGCUAUUUCUCCAGAAGAAGAACACUUUUUAGAAACCCAUAAAUCUCGUUUAAUGAGUGAAUUCGAAAAAGUUUCAAACUCAAAUGUUGGUCAAGGUACAAAAGAAAAUAUUCUUUCAUCAGCUGCCUCACAAAUUAAAAAUGCUUCAAAAUAA